AUGGUUGUCAAGAUCCGCCUUGCCCGGUUUGGGCGCCGCAACUCGCCUUUCUACAACAUUGUCGUGGCUCAUGCUCGUACCGCGCGCAACUCUCGCCCCCUCGAAGUCAUCGGCACAUACGAUCCUAUCCCUAAGCCCGACCCCUACGACAACUCCGGCAAGCUGCACAAGGACAUCAAACUCGACUCCCAGCGCGCGCGAUACUGGAUCGGUGUCGGCGCCCAGCCCACGGACACGGCAUGGCGGUUGCUAUCCAUGGUGGGCAUCUUGCCGAAGCGGAACUUUGCUCCCAAGGAGAACGAGUCCAAGGGUAGCGUCAAGGCAGGCGAUGUGAGGAUCCGAUAG